AUGGAGUCCUCGAGCAAGGUUCGCGAGGUUGUGGCAGACCUUGAGAAGAUAAGCCUGUUCCCCGAGGGAGGUUUCAAGCCACUCAUCCAUAAGAUCCCUGCGUUACUCCGUAACAUGGAGAACGCAGGUAGCCUCUUCGACCCGGACGUUGUCGCUAUUGGCCCAUGCCACCAUGACAACCCGGAUCUGCAAGGCAUGAAAAAUAUCAAGAAGAUGGCCGCGAAGGAGUUCUGCUCCAAGUCUGAGCACAAGGUCUCAGCUUUCUACCUCACUGUCCAGAAGGUUUCGGGGCAAGCUAGCAAAUGCUAUCCCACCAGCAUUGACUUAAACGACUUCACCGAUAUGAUGUUCUACGACGGCUGCUUCCUCCUGCAGUUCAUUAAGUCCACGGCGGACCGUCGCGCGCGGUCCCCCUGGACUGAUCUGAUACGGAGAAUGGGUUUGUGGGACAGCAUCGCGCGCGACGUCCUCCUCCUAGAGAACCAGAUCCCAUGGGUGGUGCUUGAGGCCCUCAUGAGCCUCAAGCAUGUAUCCGUCGACCGGUUCAUUGCAUACAUCAUCAGCUGGUUCGACGAGCAGAUGGUGAGACCUCAGGUCCAACUUGACAAGUACAGACCGUCCCACCUCCUAGACCUUGUUCGUCACUUCCAGAUCGGCUCUCGUCCAACAAAGGUCGAACCCAUUUCAGAACCUCGGCUGGCCAUUUCGGCUAUAAAGCUAGCUGAGAACGGCAUCCACUUUGAGCCGAGUGAGACGACGCGGUUCGGCGACAUCACAGUAGUGAAGAAACGGUUCCUCUUCGGCAAGAUAUCUCUACCUCCAUUGUUCCUUGGCCGGAGGACUAUGUGCUGGUUGGCAAACAUGGUGGCAUUUGAGCGGACGAAGGCAGGGAGAUGCGAUUGUGGCGUGGGCUCUUAUAUGCAUAUUAUUGCAGGGCUCAUGAAUAGUGAAGAAGACGUGCGCGAGCUGCGCACCAAGGGGAUACUAUAUCCGGUGUUUAGCGACAAGCAAACGCUCAAAUUUUUUAAGUCCAUUACCCAGCACGUACCCUACGGUUACGAUUAUAUGCGUAUACGGACAGGAAUCGAUGACUACCACCGGCAACGGAAGCUGGCGGUGACUCUGCACAGGUUCCUGUAUAAUAACUUCAGAUUCUUCCUCAUGGCUGGAUCAGUUAUCGGUAUUCUGUGGUAA